AUGGCCACUCCCACCCCCACAACCUUAACCUCGACCUACCUCUUCAGCGCCACCGUCAACCUCAGCCCGCCCCUCAGCCCCAUCUCUCUGCUGGAAGGCGGCGUCCGCAUCGUCGAGCCCAUCACCGGCGGCACCAUCUACGGCCCGGGCUUCAACGCGACCAUCGAGGGCGGCCUGGCGGCGCCCAUCAUCGUCUCCAGCAACGACACCGGAAAGGCGCAGAUGGCCUUCAUCUGGGCCUACGGGCAUGCCGACGACGGCGAGCCGUUCUUCAUCGAGGAGUCCGGCAUCGGCACCGGCGGCACCCAGAACACGCGCCUGAUCAUCCAGGUCGGCGGCAAGUACCGCAACCUCCAGACCAUGUAUGUGCUGGGCCAGCCGACGGUCAACGAGGCGCGGACGGUCGCGUUGGUGGAGUGUUUCGGGGUGCCGUUGCCGUGA